UUGUACGCGUCGUUAUUCGUGAUUUGGGGCGCGGUGCUUCAUCACGGCGAAGUCUACUCGCACGUCGUAGCGCAGCGUCGAUGUUCGUGGCCGCACGGCGCGAACGGGACGAGGGUGAUGGUGACCGCGGACCCACAGUUGGUGGACGAGUACACGUACAGGGAGCUCGGCAGACGGUCGCGCGCGCUCGCGUUUGCGGAAGCCGUGUGCGAUGCCUACGUGCGACGGACGAUGAAGGCAGGGUUGAGAAGAUUUGCACCGAGAAACGUGGUGUUUCUGGGGGACUUGUUCGGGCAAGGUGCACGUAGAAACGACGACGAGUGGCGCGCGUUGCGGCGUCGCGUCGACGCCGCGCUCUGGUGGCCGAGAAACGGCGAUGGUGGGCCGUUGUACCACACCGUCGCCGGUAACCAUGACGUUGGUUAUUCCGAAGUCAUUCGCCAUCAUCCCAGAAUCCUCGCACGGUUCGAAGAAUGGUAUGGAAAAAGUAACUUUGUCGAGCGCAUCGGCGGCGUUGACUUCGUAGGCGUCAACGCCAUGGUCCUCGACGGCAAAGGACCGGCCACAGACGAGACGUGGGCGUUCGUGGAUGGCUUAAGCGCUCAAAAGAAAGAGCCGUACGUAAAGAGAGUGCUCGUGACGCACUUGCCGCUUCCCAAUCCAUCGCAGCGAUGCGGGCCAUUUCGAAACUCGCAAGCAAUUCAAGGCCGCACGCUCGGUUCAGACAAGGAAAUUAUUUAUCAAGACUACCUCUCGGACGAGUCUGCGCAGCGAUUGCUCCGGGCGGUUGAGCCGGUGUUGGUGUUGUCGGGGCACGACCACGAUCAGUGUGAGGUAACGCACGCGUACGAGUCGGCACUUGCGGGAGGAACAGUCGCAGUGACCGAAAUAACCGUCGGCACCGUGAGUGCGUUGAAUGGAAACGACCAACCGAGUUAUUUAAUGUUGACCGUUCCCGAAGCCGCAGGCGAGAGUUUCGACGCCAGCGGAUCGGGAUUAAUUCAACAUAAAUUAUGUUUCCUACCUGAGAUACGUGAAAUCCUGAGAACGUACGCUCACGUUGGCGUGGUGAGCGUUCUCACGAUUCUAGGACCGCCACUCGGAGAAUUAAUUGCAGCAGCGAAAAAGUUCGAAGGCCGACCCGUGAUUGCCCUGUGCUUCAGGUGA